GCUUUCAGAACCCUGAGAACCGCGAGUGAGUAAGCACGCGUUUUUAGUGGAUAUUUAUUUUUGUCCCCCUGGUUGGCCGCUGAAUAAGAGUGAUUUUUGGGGGAGAUUUCUGUAGUGAUGGAAGUAAAAGGCAAAUUUUGAUUGCGAAAAACGUGAAUUUGGGCGAUUGAAUAAUCCCAAUCAAAGAUAAAGCGACGAUGCGUUUUUUUCAGUGUUUAAUGCAAUGAGUACGAUAAAAUGCAAACGGAAAGCCACCCGCAGCAGGAAGGCGAACAAGCAGUGAAGCAGUCGAAAGUGACGACAAGAUUGAAAACAGUGCUUUUAAUUCAGUGCCACACGAUAACCGAGUAAAAUAAAGUUAAGCCAAGUAGCGUAAACGCGGUCACUCAAUUAGCUUCGGAAGAUAAUCCAGAUCUGCACCAAAGAUGGAGAAAAUUAAUGUGCGACGAGUGCUCGUGCUGGCGGUGGCAUUUGCCUCGCUGUUUCUCACAGUCAUCGAUGCCGUUAAGGUAUCGUUUUACGGGGCCAGCCACAUCGUGAUGCCGCUGCAGGAAGCCAAAAUAUCCACAAACAUUCGGCUGCGAUUCCGGUCCCGGCUAGACAACGCGCUGAUUCUGCUGACGGCCGGCCGGACGGACUACUCUCUGCUCAGCAUCGAUGGGGGUCGGAUCCGGUUCAGCUUCAAGAUUGAUGAGUACCACACGGAUCUCUGGUCACCUGUGACGCUGAAAUUCAACGACUUGCAGUGGCACGACAUCUCGAUCUCGCGAUACGCAGCCAACCUGACGAUGCAGAUCGAUGAGUACUUUGCCACGAAGACACUUCCGUCGAACGUGACCGAGCUAAACGUGCACUUUGGAGUGUUCAUCGGAGGUGUUGGGGACUUCUCCGCUCCGUACCUUAACCCUUUGGAGUACUUUAGAGGAUGUAUCGCUGAUAUCUUCUACAACAACAUCAACAUCUUCAAGCGGGCUCGAGAACGCACCGGGCACGUCACCAACGAGCGUGUCUCGUGGAUCUGCGCGCCGGAAUUCGACGCCGACGUCACCACCCCGGUGAGCUUCCUCGAUGACGAAAGUUAUGUGAUCCUGCAGAAACCCACGUCACGAUCCGGUGAUCGAUGGAGCCUGGAGUUCCGAACGAAUGAACCGUUCGGAAUGCUGUUGAGCAACAUUCCCACGAAUCCGCGGUAUGACUUUAUGGCGCUGGAGAUCGUCGAAAGUCAGGUGCGGUUGCUGGUUGGGAAAGGAUCGAACGCUGUCGAGUUGAUACCGGACAGGAAUGUUUCGGACGGGAAGUGGCACAACGUGUCGGUUACCUACAGUCCGAUGUUGGUUGAUAUAACAAUUGACGAUGUAACGAACAGUGCCACGUUCGCCAACGGUAGUAGUCAAAUGAUUGAGCUCGAGGAAGAGUUUUUCAUCGGCGGGUACGAUCUUAGGAAGAAGCGUAAAGCUUUCAUGAAAGGCGCCCGUGCAACGGAAUCUAGUCUGAAAGGUUGCAUCAAAGAUAUCGUGCUGGACGAUCAUGCCGUUGGGUUCCCAAACUUCAAAGUGACUCAUGGAGUUACGGUGGACUGCGUUUGGCGAUACCCUUGCAUCGAAAAGCAACCUUGCAUUCCUUCCGGACAGUGCCACCAUCAGGGAAUCAUUGAUUUCAUCUGUUAUUGUGAUCAAGCGUAUUGCAUCAAGGCGGAUUAUGCUGAUAGCUACAAGAUCUUCUCGCGGUCCGAUUUAGUGCUCGAGAAGGAACUCAUGAUGAUUAAUCCAAUGGAAGUGAUGGAAGGUGGUAUAGCUUUCCUCUCGCCCAAGUAUAUCGAUGUGCUGUUCGACUUCACAAAAUCAGGGAUUCAGGAAGCUGGGAUCAUUUUCCACAUCGUUCAACCCCCAAAGCACGGUAAGGUUACCAUCCACUCGUAUGGGUCGGAAAGCAAUGCUUCUGCAACGCAGAUGAAGUUUUUCUCCCACAUCGAUCUCACCACCGACAAGGUCAAGUACACCCACAACGGAGCGGAAAACUCCAACGAUCACAUGACCAUCGAUAUGCAGAUCGUUUCCGCGAAUCGGAACCACCUGCCCAAGUACCUCGAGGGAAAGCAUAGAUUCGUACUGCACGUCAACGUAACCCCUGUAAACGAUCCACCCGUAUUAAGACUACCCUCAAACAAGCUUCUGCGAGUUACCCAAGGAAUUCCGAAGACAAUCGGUCCUGACUUCAUACAAGCCGAAGAUCCUGACAGUCCGUCAGAUUCUCUCAUGUACACGAUUCUGAUCAAUCCGAACUCGGAAGCACAACACGGUCGCGUUGAGUUGAACGGCCGAGCUGUUGCUUCGUUCUCUCAAUCGGAUGUCAACAAUGGACUCGUUACCUAUUUGAUCAACUCCCGAGGUUCGGAGGACUCUUCAUUCGAUCUCAACGUUCAGGUCUCCGACGGCAUAGAAACGAGUCCGUCCAGUGCGAUACGGGUAUCUGUUCUACCCUUACAGUUGCGUAUGAUGAACAACACGGGACUGGUGUUGAUACACAAAUCCUCAGCACUGAUUACACCACACAACUUGUCAUUUGUUCCCAAUUCCGAGGAAGAUAAUGUCGAUAUGAGAUUCGACGUAGUUCAAGCCCCCGUUUACGGAAGCCUGCAAAAACUAAGAUCCGUAGAUUCUUCCUGGAUAUCCGUGGAUUCGUUCAGCAGCAAUCAACUCCUGCUCGGUCAGAUUCGUUACCUGCACACCUCGGAUCUUCCCCAGCACGACGAGUUCAAGUUCACAGUUACACUUGGUCCGGUAACUACACCCACGUACGACUUCAGGAUUUCAUUCACCAAACUUCGCAUCGGAGUAGUUCGACAGAACAACAUGUACAUCAACACGAAAGACAACACGAUUCGGGCGGACUACCUGUUCCACCAAACAACUCCAAUUCCAACAUUCGCCCGCAACAUCAUCUACACGGUCGUAAAGCCUCCCAAGUUCGGUAUCAUCUACGUUGAAGGACAUCCGGAGUACGCUAAACCGGGAGAUUCCUUCACCCAACAAGAGAUUGAUAAGAGCAUCAUCAAGUAUCGAACGUUUCAAUCGUCUUACGGUAACUUUAUCGAUACGUUUGAGUUUAUAGUGUCCGUCCCGGAGUGUGACGACGUUCAGGGAAAGGUAGACUUCAUAUACAACCCACCGGAUUAUCUAGCCAAGCAGAUCAUCUACCAGAAGCGUGAGAAAGUUUACGUACAUGAGGGUAACAAAACCGCUCUUUCACGAACGAACUUUGAAGUGCUGUUUAACAAGUUCAACUAUCUGACGUUCAACGUUACGCACUACCCGAAGCACGGAUCGCUCUGCAAGGUAAAUCCGAGAACCUUCGAAGCAAAAGAGGUAUCUUCGUUUACACUGCAAUACCUGUACUUGGGUGACAUCCACUACUGCCACGAUGACUCCGAAUCGACGCAGGAUAGCUUCCGGCUGUUGAUUCUGUCGGACAAUGAGACCGAUUUUCAGUUCGUUUGUGAGAUCCAGGUUGAGAUAUCGCUGCUGAACGACAAUGGACCGUACAGGGUGUUUGACAAGGUGUUCCAUAUCGUACGGGAAGAAACUAAGCUGCUGACUUCGGUGGAUUUGAAGUACGCUGAUCCGGAUAUUGAAACGCGGAGCACGGAUAUUGAGUUUCGAUCGGUGACAUGUACUAACGGUGAACUGUUCAGGAAUGGCAAGCUGGUAGAAUUCUUUACGCAGGAUGAUUUGGACAAUAGAAGACUGAUUUUCCAGCACAACGGAACUGAUCAAGGAAAGCUAUCGUUUAUUGUUACUGAUGGACUUUAUGAGGUUCCUGGAUCUAUGGAGGUCGAAGCGUCGGAUCCAUUUUUGAAAAUUAGAGAGAGCAAUGCAUCGAUUGUUCAGGAAGGUCGAGCUGUCCUGUUAACUUUGGAUGAUUUAAGCGUGGAUACCAAUUUGAACGCCAAACCAGAAGACAUCGAGUACAAAGUACUCAGCGACCCAAGCAAUGGAGUUCUUAAGCUGUUCAAGAGUAGAUUCAAUGCAACGCAGUUGCAGAAAUUGACAAACGCAACCACGACGAUGAACUUUACUCAAGUUGACUUGAUCGGUGAGCGAUUGGUGUACUGGAAUAGAGACGUUGCUUCUAUGGAUAAGAUUAGGUAUCGAGUAACGACAAAGGGCGUUUGGGCAGAAGGAGCGAUAAUGAUCAGGAUCUACCCUCCAGCUUACUGGGAACCGCUGCGAAUUCGACGUAAUCAAACGUUGUAUGUGGAGGAGUCCACUAGUGUUAUCAUAUCUCGGGAUAUCUUAGAGAUCGUCCACCCAAACAUUUCUCCUGGAGAUAUAACGUACCUCGUGAGUACCCAACCACAGCAUGGAUAUCUGGAGAUACAGUCAAUCACCUCAGAUGACGAGUACAACUCGAAGGUGUUCGAUCAGUCGACAAUCAACUCAGAAAAAAUGUUCUACAUCCAGGCUGGAGUCAAUCAGUCGUUGGACUAUUUCACCUUCGACGUCACAAACGGGAUCACUUGGUUACGAGAUCUUGUGAUGAGAAUCGUUAUCAUUCCGGAACAUUUGUACAUGCGAACCAACACGAUAGUCGUGGAAGAGGGAAAAAGCGUCAAACUCCAGCCGACCGACAUGACACCCUACUCCGAGUAUUACGUCGGAAAGAUUCUCGAGUAUAAAAUACUGGACCAUCCGCUGCACGGAAGCAUCAAAUCCGGUAAAUCUUCCAAGGUAAACCGAUUCACGCAGAAGCAGCUGGAAGCGGGCGUGAUCACUUACAUCCACAACGGAAGUGAAAACUCGUCAGACACGAUACGGAUAGUGGCGCUGGGCAGGAACAAGGAAAGCGUUCCGUUCAACUUGAACAUACAGAUCUUGCCGAUCAACGACGAGGUGCCGCAGAUCGUAACUAAUACCGGUAUGCACAUGUGGAUCGGCGGAAAGUCCAUGAUUCAGAGUUCGGAUUUGAUGGUCCAAGACUACGACACGGCACCGGAGAACCUGACAUUCUACGUGCAACAAAUGUCCGGAGGAUACGUCGCUUUGAAAGACAGCUACAGUCGUAAAAUUCACACGUUUUCACAACAGGACAUCAACCAGAAUCUGGUUUAUUUUAUUCACGAUAGCAGCAAUCAAAACGGAAAGAUCUUGUUCUACGUGACAGAUGGAAUCCACAAUACUACCGAACAAAUCUUGCACAUUGUAACGAAUCCCGUGGCACUUGAGCUGGUAAAGAAUGAAAUCUUGCACGUAUUUCCGCUUACACGGAAGCAGAUUCUACCGGAUCAGCUGAACUACAAAUGCACGGAUGACGAUCGAGACGUGAAGUAUGUGGUAACGAUUCCUCCUCAGAUGGGACGGUUGAUGUUUGAGCACAUGGAACACGAUUAUACGAACGAAAUCACCGAAUUUACUCAGCACGAUGUGGAGAAUGGAAGGAUCUUCUACGAGCACACUCACCCGAUGGUUGAGCUGAAAACCAACGAUUCGUUCUACUUUGACGUGACUGCUCCACUGUCGAACAGUUUGGUUGAUCAGGUCUUCAGUAUUGAUGUAUCAGUAUCGUCUGGAGGACUUUUGCGAUUUCUGCCAGUUCCCAGGAUUACAUUGGAUGAGGGUGAAUCUGGCCCAAUAAAAUUGGACUUGUCGAAGGUCCUCGAAUAUCUGGAGACUCGAGCUGGAAUACAAAAUCCCGAGUUGUACAUCGAAGUUUACCCUCCAGCGCACGGUACGGUUGAGCUGGCGGACAUGAUUCCGGAGGUGAAUCGAUUCUCGCUGAAUGAUUUCUACACGAAUAAGGUGAUCUACAAGCAUGAUCACUCUGACACGGUGGAGGAUAAAGUGUCGCUGGCAGUCUACCUUGUACCGGGGCAUCUAUUCUUGUGUAACAUUACGAUUCCGGUUACGAUCAAUCCCGUUAACGAUCAGCCCUUCCAGCUGGUCACAGCUUCACCCCAUAUAUCGGUUAUUGAGGGAGAAAAUCAAACCAUUACUUCGUCGCAACUGCUGACUGAAGACGCCGAUACUGGGCCAAAAGAUAUCAUCUACGACGUGAUUAGUGGACCAAAUUUAGGUGUUUUGCUCAAGAUUUCCGACGAAGGUUAUCCACAAGACAUAAUUACCUACGGAAAUCAAUUCUCACAGGCAGAUAUCAAUGAAAACAGGAUCAUUUACACGCACUCCGGGAAUCCUCAAUCGACCACGUUUUACUUCAAGGUUUCCGAUGGAAAGUACAAACCUGCCUACGAGAUAUUCAACAUCAAAAUUCUACCGAUCACCAUUCUGCCAGGAUUCAACAGUCAACCAAUCAUAGUCCAGCAAGGCACAAACCUGGGUGUUCUUGAGAUAAAGCACGUUUCUGUGGAGACAAACGUUCAGAAAUCUAGAAUCGUUUAUAAUGUAACAAAGAAUCCAAUGGGAGGAAUCAUCAUCUCGAAUAAUAAACCGGUACUGAAAUUCACUCAGCGCCAGCUGGAAGAUGGCCGGAUCAACUACAUGCAGACGGAUAUGGCUCGAUCUAAUGACAGCUUCCAGUUGGAUGCCUUCAUACCGGACACUACAUCAGCGUGCCUGAUUGAUGUGAGCAUGAUAGUACAGCCAUUUAUUAUCAUUAAUCCUAUUACGAUCACACCUGGCGAAAAGACUCGGCUGAGUUCAACGUUCAUCUUUGAUAAUCCAGCCCAGCUCAAAUUAAAUCGCUACAAUCCAAAAAUCACUAUUACGAGAAGACCAAAGUACGGUCGACUAAGGAAAAUCGUUAGAAGCUCCGGAUUGGACUACAUCGAACAACCGAGUGACAAAGAUAUUCUUUCGUUUACCUAUAAAGAACUUAAAAGUGGAGUCAUUUACUACGUGGCGAGAAAGUUUAACCAGGACUUCCAGUCCAUCAACGACAACUUCGAGUACACCCUCUCAACGAAAACGGCUCAACCCGGCCAAGGAACGGUCCCAAUCGAAAUAUACUCCCCGUCGCGCAACUCCCACGACAACAACGACGUGGACAUUGUAACAGCCGAGAGUCAGAUACCGUACGAUUACUUGAUUGCGGGUUGCGCAGCAAUCGCCACAAUUCUAAUCCUCGUAAUGAUCAUCAUCCUGCUGAGGUGCAGAUCAAGCGGCUCCCCCAAAGACCACCCCGACAAAGAUCAUCCACCGUCGCUGCCACGUCCCCCGGACUUUAUGACGCUGAACAACCGCAUGUACACCCCGUCCGAGAAUGAUUCCCUCCCGGUGACGAACGCGUCCACCCCGUUGCCGAUCAUGAGCAGCAUCCCGCACUGCAAGGUCAUCCCGAUCGGGCUCGAUAACUCGCUGCAGCUGGACUCCGAGCCCGAGGAGGACAUGAUGGACAUCCACGGCGAGUUGCUCCAGCACGGGAACAACCUCAACUAUCCGUACGGCGAUGAAGGGGACGAGUGGAGCUCAUCGUGCGAGGUUGGUCCGGAUGUGAACUACGCAACGGUUGCGCAGCAGCAGCAGUUGCUUCCGCAGCAACACCAGUUGCAGUCCGCGCAGCAGCAGCAGGCACAACAACAGCCAAACCCACUGCUUAGAAGGAAUCAGUAUUGGGUGUGAUCUAGAGGGGAGUUAAACGCAAUUUUGUACAGUACCGAGAGAUUAAGGCCGAAUACUCAAGUUUUUUUUUUUUUUCAUCUGUAGUACUUAUAACGUAACUUAACUCUUAUGUUGCCAUACAAGAAGAUUUUACUUGAUACUAAUACUAUUCUGGUGUGUCCUAAUUUAUAGUAUUUACAUAAAAACGAAUAUCAAAUUGCCAUGCAAUUAUCGAGAUUUUAAAAACGCCACGCUUGUGCGAAUUUAUUCGAAUCCUAGCGAAUAUCUACCUAGUUAUUACUUAGUGCGAAUGUAGAGGAGUAGCUACUCUGAACGAAUAGACGGCUUUGUUCCAUUAUUGAUGAAUUGUAAUUGUUCAUUGGGUCGAAAAAAAUACGUUUUAUUUAAGGAA